CGCGCUCGCCGCACAGCUCCGGCCGCCCAGCCCAGCCCCGAGCCCGGCCCCGGCGGCCGCAGCAGCGUCGGUUCCCGGCAGGCACACGGAGAGCCGGGCGCACACGCGGGAGCUGCGGGUGGCAGAGUAGCGUGGAGCCGCCCGGCUGCCGCCCUUCCCUCCCCGGGGCCCGCACCUCCGCUCGGCCGCCGCCUCCCGGGCGCAGCGCGCACCCGCCCACCGGGCCACCGGGCCACCCACUCACCCACCCGGCAACAAAGUUGCCACUGCUGCCCCGCGCGCGCGCGCACGCCCCGCGCCUCGGCCGAGCCAACUUUCCGAGCCCACGCCGCCCGGGUCCCCGCGGUCCUCUCCCCCCCACCCCCCGGCGCGCGCGGGGCAGAGCUUAGGUGGCGGCGGCGGCCGAGGUGGCGGCGAAAGGGGCGGCGGCGGCGGCGGCGGCGGCGGCCGCUGCAGCCUCACACUCGGUCGCCAAGCUGGACGAGCGACGGAAGCCCGAUCCCAGGAGGAUGGAGGAUGAAGCUGUCCUGGACAGAGGGGCUUCCUUCCUUAAACAUGUGUGUGAUGAAGAAGAAGUAGAAGGCCACCACACCAUCUACAUUGGGGUCCAUGUGCCCAAGAGCUACCGCAGAAGGAGACGUCACAAGAGAAAGGCAGGGCACAAGGAGAAGAAGGAAAAGGAAAGGAUCUCUGAGAACUACUCAGACAAAUCAGAUGUGGAAAAUGCCGAUGAAUCCAGCAGCAGCAUCCUCAAGCCACUCAUCUCUCCUGCCGCAGAACGCAUCCGAUUCAUCUUGGGAGAGGAAGAUGACAGCCCAGCGCCUCCUCAGCUCUUCACUGAACUCGACGAGCUGCUGGCUGUGGAUGGACAGGAGAUGGAAUGGAAGGAGACAGCGAGGUGGAUUAAGUUCGAAGAAAAAGUGGAGCAGGGUGGGGAGCGAUGGAGCAAACCCCAUGUGGCCACCUUGUCGCUGCACAGCUUGUUCGAGCUGAGGACGUGUAUGGAGAAAGGCUCCAUCAUGCUUGACCGGGAGGCAUCUUCUCUGCCACAGCUGGUGGAGAUGAUCGCUGACCACCAGAUUGAGACAGGCCUACUGAAACCUGACCUUAAGGAUAAGGUCACGUAUACUUUGCUUCGGAAACACCGACAUCAAACCAAGAAAUCCAACCUUCGGUCCCUGGCUGACAUCGGCAAGACGGUCUCCAGUGCAAGUAGGAUGUUUACCAACCCUGAUAAUGCCCGCAGCCCGCUUGAGAACUCAAUGCCCUGCCUAGCAAAUUGCACCUUGGACGAUGACCCCCGAUUGCGGCGCACUCCCAGCGUGGGAUGGCUCAGUAGCCCAGCCAUGACCCAUAGGAAUCUGACAUCCUCCAGUCUGAAUGACAUUUCUGAUAAACCAGAGAAGGACCAGCUGAAGAAUAAGUUUAUGAAAAAACUGCCACGUGAUGCAGAAGCCUCCAACGUGCUUGUUGGGGAGGUUGACUUCUUGGACACUCCCUUCAUUGCCUUUGUUCGGCUGCAGCAGGCUGUCAUGCUGGGCGCCCUGACUGAGGUCCCUGUGCCCACAAGGUUCUUGUUCAUUCUCUUAGGUCCAAAGGGGAAAGCCAAGUCCUACCAUGAGAUUGGACGAGCCAUCGCCACCUUGAUGUCUGAUGAGGUGUUCCACGACAUCGCUUACAAAGCGAAGGAUAGGCACGACCUGAUUGCUGGCAUUGAUGAGUUCCUAGAUGAAGUCAUUGUCCUUCCACCUGGGGAAUGGGACCCCGCCAUUAGGAUAGAGCCUCCAAAGAGCCUCCCAUCAUCUGACAAAAGAAAGAAUAUGUAUUCAGGUGGCGAGAAUGUUCAGAUGAAUGGGGACACGCCUCAUGAUGGAGGACAUGGAGGAGGAGGACAUGGCGAUUGUGAAGAACUACAGAGGACUGGCCGGUUCUGUGGUGGAUUAAUUAAGGACAUAAAGAGAAAAGCACCAUUUUUUGCCAGCGACUUUUAUGAUGCUUUAAAUAUCCAGGCUCUUUCGGCGAUUCUCUUCAUUUAUCUGGCAACGGUGACCAACGCCAUCACUUUUGGAGGUCUGCUCGGGGAUGCCACUGACAACAUGCAGGGAGUGUUGGAGAGUUUCCUGGGCACGGCUGUCUCUGGAGCCAUCUUUUGCCUUUUUGCGGGUCAACCGCUCACCAUCUUGAGCAGCACGGGACCUGUUUUGGUGUUUGAGAGACUUCUGUUUAAUUUCAGCAAGGACCAUAAUUUUGACUACUUGGAGUUUCGUCUUUGGAUCGGUCUGUGGUCGGCCUUCAUGUGUCUCAUUCUGGUGGCCACUGAUGCCAGCUUCCUGGUUCAGUAUUUCACUCGUUUCACAGAAGAAGGUUUCUCCUCUCUGAUCAGCUUCAUCUUCAUCUAUGACGCUUUCAAGAAGAUGAUCAAGUUAGCCGAUUACUAUCCCAUCAACUCUGACUUUAAAGUGGGUUACAACACUCACUUCUCCUGCGCUUGCCUGCCGCCCAACCCAGUUAAUCUCUCAGUAUCUAAUGAUACCAUGCUAGCCCCAGAGGACCUGCCAACUGUUUCUUCCACUGACAUGUACCAUAAUGCUACCUUUGACUGGGCCUAUUUGUCGAAGAAAGAAUGUUUGAAGUACGGAGGAAAGCUUGUGGGAAACAACUGUGAUUUUGUUCCUGAUAUCACACUCAUGUCAUUCAUCCUCUUCCUGGGCACUUACACCUCGUCUAUGGCUAUGAAAAAAUUCAAAACCAGUCGCUACUUUCCAACCACAGCAAGAAAACUGAUCAGUGAUUUUGCCAUUAUAUUGUCCAUUCUCAUAUUCUGUGUAAUAGAUGCUCUAGUAGGUGUGGACACCCCAAAACUAAUUGUGCCAAGUGAGUUCAAGCCAACAAGUCCUAACCGAGGCUGGUUUGUCCCACCGUUUGGAGGAAACCCUUGGUGGGUGUACCUUGCUGCUGCUAUCCCGGCUUUGUUAGUCACCAUUCUGAUUUUCAUGGACCAGCAAAUCACGGCUGUGAUUGUGAACAGGAAAGAACAUAAGCUCAAGAAGGGAGCUGGGUACCACCUGGAUCUGUUUUGGGUCGCCAUCCUCAUGGUAGUGUGCUCCUUCAUGGCUCUUCCCUGGUAUGUGGCAGCUACUGUCAUCUCCAUUGCUCACAUUGACAGUCUGAAGAUGGAGACCGAGACUUCUGCGCCUGGCGAACAACCGAAGUUUCUGGGAGUGAGGGAACAAAGAGUCACUGGAACGCUUGUGUUUAUUCUGACUGGCCUUUCGGUCUUCAUGGCUCCCAUCUUGAAGUUUAUCCCUAUGCCUGUUCUGUAUGGAGUGUUCCUGUAUAUGGGCGUGGCCUCACUCAAUGGGGUGCAGUUCAUGGACCGUCUCAAGCUGCUUCUGAUGCCCCUGAAGCAUCAGCCUGACUUCAUCUACCUGCGCCACGUCCCCCUCCGCCGAGUCCACCUGUUCACCUUUCUUCAGGUGUUGUGCCUGGCCCUCCUCUGGAUCCUCAAGUCAACAGUGGCUGCUAUCAUUUUUCCAGUCAUGAUCCUGGCACUCGUAGCUGUCAGAAAAGGUAUGGACUACCUCUUCUCCCAGCAUGACCUCAGCUUCCUUGAUGACGUCAUUCCAGAAAAGGACAAGAAAAAGAAGGAGGAUGAGAAGAAAAAGAAAAAGAAGAAAGGAAGCUUGGAUAGUGACAAUGAUGACGAGAAAGAUCAUCAACAUUCCUUGAACGCCACACAUCAUGCUGAUAAAAUUCCUUUCCUUGAGUCGCUGGGUAUACCAAGUCCUCCUAGAACUCCAGUGAACGUUGUGCCUCAAAUUAGAAUAGAACUUGAGCCUGAAGACAACGAUUAUCUUUGGAGGAGCAAGGGAACAGAAACCACAUUGUAACCUGUGUGUCUUUCUCAAAACUGAUAGUUCUGUUGUUAACUGUUCUAAUUUUUUUUCCUUUUUAUGUCUAUGUAUCUUAAAAUCUUUGUUCGGUCACUGGCUGAAUAAUACAGUCACUCUCUCUGCUUCUGUCUUGCAUAGGUAAAAUCAAGACAAUACCGUCCCUUUUCUUAAAAAAAAAAAAUGGCAACUGAGGGGUCGCAUUUCUGUUUCCAUGCAUUCAGGUGUGUCCUCUGACCUGUAAAUUCCUGUCACUCAUGACACACAGAAACCACCCCUGUCAAGCAGAGAUCAAAAGCAUUAAGGAAAUUUGCACCACCUUUUAUGAAACUAUUGAAGGAACUUACAACCUAAGCUUCGAGCUGUGCUUCCUGGCUUGGCUCUGUCUGGUAAGGCAGCCCUUGUACUGCAGACAGAAUCCCUUCUUGCUUACAGAGCCCCCAAGACUGGAAAAGUGCUGCUACCAACCUGCCCUUGCUCGCCAACCCUGAUCUUAGAGUUAUCAAAAGCUGAAAACACUAAAGGUACUUUGCUCCCUGUAGAGAAACCUUUGCCACCUUUGUAGCAAGUGCUGGAAUGUCCCUUUUCCUAUGCAACUUUUUUUAACCCUUUAAUGAACUUAUCUGUUGAGUACAUUGAAGAAUAUUUUUCUUCCUAGAUUUUGUUGUUUAAAUUAUGGGGCCUAACCUGCAACUUAUUUUUUUUGUCAACUUUUUAAACUUUUUUUUAAUUACUGUAAAGAAAAUGAAUUUUUUCCUGCAGCAGGAAACAUAGUUUUGAGUAGUUCUACCUCUGACCUGUAGCUGCCAGGCUUUCUGUAAAAAUUGUAUUGUAUAUAAUGUGAUUUUUACACACGUGCGUGCAUACACAUCCACGCGCGUGCUCUCACGCACACACACACACACACACACACACACACACACACACACACACUAGGGUAAGCCAGAAGGCUAGAACAAAUGAAAAAGAAAAACAAAACACCAUGUUUCUAAGAAUCUGUUGGGUCGUUGGUUUUUGGGUUGUUUUCUUUUUUUCUCCCUUUCUUCAAAAUAAAUGUAACUGUUCUGUGAAGGAAUUUGGGGAGGAGAGAGAGAAACGUGGAAGAAGGGUAACUUCUGUUAUAGUGAUGGUCAUGCUGGAACAGACUCUGCUGUGUUACAAUAUUGAUGUCCUACGCAGUAUUGUUAGGGAUUUCCUCAUCUGAAUAAUUUGUGUGUUUGUACACGGACUCUGUGUGUGGCUGUUGCUCACUUGUGCAAAGCCAGAGAAAGAAUGAGAGCAGACAGAGGGCAAAGUUGUCAAGCUCCUUGUGUCCAUUUUUAUAAAACCUCAACCACUCAUGAGAAAUCUGUCGGGGGCCAAAAAAAAAAAAAACAAAAAAAAACAAAAACAUGUAUCGUGUAACUUCAGGCGAAUCUAUCUUAUCACUCAGAUAUCAACACCAACGUCACAGAUACAGCGGUCCAUACCUACAAUACGAAAGCCAUCAGAAUGUCAACAGCCCAGUCACACAGCUACAUACGUGGAGUAGGUGUGCACCAUAGAUCUGCAAAGAAAGCUUCAAGUGCUCAUUGCCACGCGCUCAGAGGGUAGGGUUGUUAGACCACUUAGGCUAUAUGUGUGUGUGUAUGUGUGUGUUCCGAUACGCCAUGUUGAAAAUUAGACCUUUGUUAGCCAAAUUGAGUGUGGCAUUUGAUUGCAAGGUUUCUAGUAAGCUACAUCAUAUGCUACACGGAUCAUAUAAUAACAGUUUAGAUGUGGAAUCCAUACUUUUAGACUUGCGGAACAGCAGUUGGGAUACACACUCCCUGUAAUAGGUUGCUGGAGGAUAAUAGAACCACACACUGGUUCUGGGGUGUGUUCUUAUGGACACCCACUUUCUUACGUUAACUGAAAUAUAAUUCUGCCCUCCUGAAAAUUUGAGGAUAACGAUCUUAUUAUCCUAAGUUAACUGUUAAUGGUCAUAGCGUUCGGUCAUCUUGAAACCUUAGAUUUUAUAGAAAUUAGGCAUGAAUUGACCCCAGUCUUUUUCAUUAAAAUGAUAGCAGCAAAUAACAUGUUGUCUGCUAACAUCUCAAGUGAUACAUUUUUUUACAUCACAUUUGUAUUCAGAACUGUCCUUAAAAAUGAUUAUUAUGCGGUAUCUGGCUUUCUAUUGAACCUUGUACAUUUUUAGUGAUAGAUCCAUCAGUGAAAUGUUUAAAAGCAUGCAUAGCAAAUGCAGUCUAACCAUGAUGUUAAAUCAAAGCCGCUUGGAUCACGUUUAUGAAAUCUCUGGUUUUAUAUAUAUAUAUAUAAGUUUCAAAUUAUGAAUCAAGUUUAUGUAGGGAUUCAUGAUCCUCCUCUUACUUUUCAGAGAGCUCCUGGAGUAAUUUAUCAUUUCAGUGUUUGAGGAGCUCUUGAGGUUCUCUCUCGCCAUUUAUGGUCCCUCGUCUGUGGCUGGGGUGGGUGGUUAGUGUUCACGGAAUGAACACAAAGCCACCCCUCACAUCUGCUGCAGGCACUCUCAUAACCACUGUAGUUCCCAUGCUAACAGGCAGAACACCAAACCUCCAUGGCCUCACCCCAGUGUCUGAAUCUGGCUGAAUUUGCUUAAUUGGUUGAUAGCUAAGCAGCUUUCAUGGUGGUUUUGUUUCUAUGUAAACUGGACACAAAUACAGCAAUGAAUUCUUUAAAAUGCCUUUCUACCCUUCCUCCCUGGAUGUGAACUUGGAGAUAAAUGUUUCUUGAAGACCCUGAGUUGUUGACCAGAAAUACUGUGGUUGUGCAAAACUGGCUGUGAGAGCAAGAUGGGCAGGCUGAGCCUGCCUAUCCUUGAAGCGUCGAAGCCUCCAGUUUGCAGAAACCCUUAAGAUACUUGUCUUUUUCUACUGUGUGCAGAAACUACUUGGAAUCCUAGCUGUUUUGUGUGUCAGAGGCCGUGUUGUUUCUGCUUCUUCUUCUUCUGGAAAAGUUGAGGGGUGGGGCUGGGACGUACUUACUUGAGAAGAGGCAAACUAAACCUCGCUCCUCGUCCCCAACCUAAGAGAAGCAGGGAGGGGUCUGCUGUCAAUAACUCAGCUUAUGUGCAUUUUGGGCACAUGUAAGAACACACACAGAGGAAAUCCUUUGUCAGCUAUGUGUUGCUGUUUAAUAUAGCAAAUGAUUGUCUUCCAUGUUUUUGUUUCUUUUUUUUUAAACUGUGUUAAAGUACUUGAAAUGUAUUGACUGCUGACUAUCUUUUAAAAACAAAACCAUUUGAGUUAUAUUACAAAGGUUGGCAUUGAUCAGGAAUGGGACAGAGUUUUCUUCACUCUUUUUCAUGCCGCUUCAUGAUUUUGGUGCAAGAACCUGAGAUUUUCUUCUUUAUAUUCUGGGAUAUUUCCCAUCUGCUUUCCCAGCACGACCAUGAAGCCCAGUUGGUACGAAGUGGCUGGGGACAGUCGGAAGACAGCAGCACUUCCCUGUCACAACAGCCUUGGGAGUUGUCAGAUGACCCCGUGGAGCUUCAUGGCAGCUGGGAAUGAAAACCCUUUCAUAAUAUAUGUGAAUCUGGCAGGCUGUGUUUUAACCAGAGAUCUGGAUAGAUCUUAUUCCUGGCUCAUUUCAUUGUGCUCUAUGGAUACACACAAGAAUCCUGAAUUUUGUUUCCUAGGCAAAUACUGCAACUCAGGGCUAAAGUCACCCAAUGAAUCCUUAGAGCCUGAAGUCACUUUGUCCCAGGCCAACAAUGUACAACAAUUGCUGACUUGCCUCCUUGCAGCCAUUUUCCUGGCUGGCACAUAUCCGUACACAUCACUUUUCACAAUCAGUACGCACUUUCAGAUAUUCUUAUUUUUAUUCUCUUAAGUCUUUAUUAACUUUGGAGAAAUGAUGCUUCUUUUUAUUUUAAAUGAAGUAGAUCAACAUGGUGGAACAAAAUGAUAAAGAACAGAAAACAUUUCAAUAUAUUACUAAUAAUUUUUUUCCAAUAUGAAACCUAAAAUUCCUAUAACAUAGUAUUUUGCAGUUUUAUGAAGCUUUCUAUUGUGACUUUUAUGGAAUUAAGAGAUGAAGAAGAUGAGAUAUUUUAGCAUUUAUAUUUUUCAAAAUUAAAUGUAUACUUAAAAUAAAGUAACUUUAUGCA